GAAACUGUCACUCAUUCAGUCGACGAACAGUCUGUCAAAGCUCUAUCAACUACUCAACUAUAUCUCUCUUUCUAUACGUCGACUUCAGUCACCAACAAAGCAUCCACCGUCAUAAUGCGCUCUUCAAUCCUUUACCUCGCCCUGGCCGGCCUCGCCAGCAUCGCGCAAGCCAACCCAAUCAUCAAACCAGACGCCCAAGUCGACCCCAAAGGCCUCAUCACCCGCAGCCUCUCCCACCUCCUCUUCUCCCGCUCCGAACCAACACGCUCCGAGCCGCCCCCGACAAAGAGGCAAGCAACGCCGCCUCCCCCUCUGACAAGCAACCCGGCCGCCGCCCCGCCCGGCGGCGGCGGCGCAGUUAACAACGCCAACCGCACCGUCACCCUGACCGUGAUCCAAGGCGACACCCUCGGCCAGAUCGCGCGCCUCCUCAACUCGGGCAUCUGCAACAUCGCCAAGCUCAACAACAUCCCCAACCCGGAUUUCAUCGAGAUCGGACAGGUCCUGCAGGUGCCCAUCAACGUCGCCAACCCGGACAACGACUCGUGCCUCAACCGCGGCGGCGCGAUUCCAGCCCCGGGACAGAACGCUACUGCUCCCGGUACGCCGCCUCCAGCGGGUGGCAAGGGGAAGGGGAAGGGGAAGAAGGAUAAGCGGAGCGGGACCCUGUUUUCCGAGAAGAGCCCCCGGGCGCCUUUGCGGUAAUCUGUUCCGCAAGUUGAUUUUGGCCGAAUUGGGAAAAAAGUCGCCGGGAGGGCUUACUACCUUGGGAGACGAGAUUUCGGG